AUGGAGUCACUCACAAGCCUCGUUCUUGGUGCCUGCGACCUUCAGGAGCUGCCCGGAGACAUCGAGCAGCUCUCGAACCUGGUUUUGCUGAAGCUGUCCAGUAACAAGCUCGUUACUGUGCCCGACUCGAUCGGGCAGCUGGGGAAGCUGAAGAAAUUAAUAUUCAUGGAAUGCAACAGCCUGAUUGAGCUUCCAAAUUCCUUCACCAAUCUCGACUCCUUGGAAACAUUUUUCAUCCACGGCGGGGCUUCCCUAGUAGACCUCCCUCCAGGCUUUGAAACCCUCCCAAAGCUACGUACUCUCUACCUCUUCAACUGCGUCUUCACGAGCCUGCCAGACAGGUUUGGGGACCUUCCCAGCCUGGAAGUGCUCAGGAUCGGGACAAAGGCAACAUACAGCCCAAAUAGGCUGGAGACCAGGAGCGAAUCAGAUUACGGGCCUGAGCUGGAAGGCGCCUGCGCCCUCCACAUGCUUCCCCAGUCCCUGGUUCGCCUCACAGGCCUGGUAGAGCUCGUUUUGGAGGGGUGUGAGCUGCUGGAGGACUUGCCGCCAGGCAUGGGGGGGCUGGCCAGCCUAAGAGUGCUCCAUGUUAAGAAUUCCCCUCAGCUGCGGCUCUUCCCGUCGCUGCUCUCCUCGCCCAUUCACAACCCUGCCGGAGAUUCUUCUACUCUCAAGACAGACCUCCCUGCUGCUGCUGCUGCUGCUACUGCUACUGCUACUGCUGCUGCCGCUGAUGCUGCUGCUGCUGCUGCCACUGAUGCUGCUGCUGCUGCCGCUGCUGCUGCUGCUGCCGCUGAUGCUGCUGCUGCUGCCGCUGAUGCUGCUGCUGCUGCCGCUGCUGCCGGUGCUCCCCCAUUUCCAUCGCUGGAGCAGCUGGAGAUAUCUGACUGCCCGCGCCUGGAGAGUCUUCCAGAGGGCCUGCAUCUGCUGCCUAGGCUGGAACUCCUCGCUCUUGAAGACUGCCCCAGUCUAGAGCUCACACACCAGCUCACGCACCAGAGCCCCUUGCCACCACCCACAUCCCCGCCCCCAUCGACCUCCUCCUCCUUCCGUCCUCUGGUUGCGCCCAUCUCCCUUCCGACUUCCAUGAAAACCAUCAUCCUCUCUAAUGUCUUCCAGUCAGCCCAGUACCUUCCAAAAUCCUUGUUUUCCCUCACCCAACUCACCCACUUGAACAUCUACGACAUUCCGUCUCUCCAACAGCUUAUUUCCCCUCCGCUUGUUACCCAGUCCUCAGUCCACGCUCAAACCACUCACGAUGACCAAUCUGAAAGAUUCUAUUCCGAUUCUGAUAUGGCGGUCAGAUUGGAUCUCCUAUCUUCUCUGCAGCAUCUUCACAUCGCCCUCUCCAUCCUUUCAGCACUCCCCGAAACAUUGGGCGAUCUGGUGCAGCUGAGAGUGCUGCUGCUCGAGGAGUAUCCUGCCAUGGCCUCCCUUCCCACGUCCCUCACUAGCCUCACCAAUCUCCAACAACUGACACUCAAUUCACUCCCUUUGCUGACCCACCUGCCCGAGGAUAUCGGGCAGCUUAAAGCUCUGCGCGAUCUGAGUCUGGAGUCGUGCCAAGCGCUUAAAGCCCUGCCGCCCUCCGUCACCCUCCUCUCCUCCCUCGUGCGUCUCACCAUCGUCGAGUGUCCUAAUUUCACCCGCCUCCUGAAUUCCAUCUCCUCUCUCUCCAGCCUUGCCUCUCUCACACUGAAACGGCUUGCAUUCCUCUGCCGCCUCCCCUCCUCUCUCUCCCUCCCAUGCCUUAGAAAGCUCUCCCUGCAAGGAUGCAAGCGCCUGAGGGCCCUGCCCUGCGACUUGGCCAGUUUGUCCUGUCUGAGGGAGGUGGAUCUGGACGGGAAGCACAAGUCAUCCAUCGGCUUCGGGGCCCCCGUGCGCGCAUCGCUGCGCAACCGAUCGGUGCUUGACGCCCGCACUGCCGGCUCGCUGCUGCAAUCGGCAGAGAGCACGGAUCUGAUAGCCUAUGGGCUCAUCCCUGAGUUUGUGGGGCGAUUCCCCGUGCUGGUGGGGCUGCAUGCGCUCACAGAGGAGCAACUCGUGCAGGUUCUCUUAAAGCCCAAGAACGCCCUCAGCAAGCAAUUCGCCAAGCUAUUGGCCAUGAACAACGCCCGCUUGCACAUGACGGAGGGGGCAGUGAGGGCCAUAGCGCGCAGAGCAGCAGCGCGAAACACGGGGGCCAGGGGGCUGCGAUCGCUGCUGGAGGGGCUGCUCACCGAGGCUAUGUACGAGGUCCCCAGCAAUCUGGUGGAAGCAGUGGUGCUGGACGAGGCAUCGGUGGGGCACGAGGGGGAGGAAGGGGAAGAGGGCAAGCCGGUCCCCAGCAGUCUAGUGAAGGCAGUUGUGUUGGACAAGGCAUCGGUGGGGCACGAGGGGGAGGAGGGGGGCGACGGGGUCCCCAGCUCUCUGGUGGAAGCAGUGGUGCUGGACGAGGCAUCGGUGGGGCACGAGGGGGAGGAGGGCGAGGACGGGGUACCGGGGUGUGGGGCCCACAUACUGCAAGGGGAGGGCUCGUGGGAGCGGUGGUUGCAGGAUAACGAGGGGGGAGGAGAGAAGGCGGGAGGGAAGGGAGAGGAGGGCCAAGGGGGAGGAAGCAAGGGAGGCUCAUCUGGGGGAGGUGGAAGUGAUGAGGAAUCGGAUGCAGCUCCUGCUCUUGCCACAGCCACUGCAGCUUGA